CCUCGUUCACAGCUUGAACAUUACAGUAGCUGAAAAACAAUCUUAGACAGCUGUUCAUUAUUCACUUUUGGUCAAGACACUAAUGAGAGGCGUUCGAGGAGCGGCUUUACUUACUUUGCUGUCGAUCUACCUCACGCCGGUCCAAAUGACUUCUAUCUUUGUCUAUGGGACUCUGAAGAAGGGUCAGCCCAACUACUUCAGGAUGCUGCCGGACCAAGGGAACGGGAAGGCGGAGUUCUGUGGUCACGCCCGCACCGUAGACGGCUACCCGCUGGUGAUCGCCGGGAAGUACAACAUCCCCUUCCUGCUGAACCGUCCCGGGGAGGGCCACAGGGUCCACGGGGAGGUGUACAGGGUGGAUGACACCAUGCUGAGCUUCCUGGACACCUUCGAGGGCUGCCCGACCAUGUACCAACGCACCUCCGUUCAGCUGGAGCUGGAGGACUGGAAGGUAGAGGGGAGAGAGGGGAGCAUAAUGGAGGCCUUCCUCUACAGCACCACCUCCUACCAGCCUGCCUGGCUCCAACACACCUUCUAUGAGAGCUACGACGCCUACGGAGACCACGGGUUGGUGUACGUCAACAGGGAGGACCGAGAGUUCCACUAAAGGAUGUAUAGCCUGGGGGGGCCAUCGUGCCACGUAAAGCACCAUGUCGACAUGAUCGCACCAGCAGGUCUGGGACCUGGCUAGAGGAUAGACAGGAUAGGGUUUUAGAUGUGAUGACCUGAAUUCUACAGCUGUUUUCCUACA